GCAUUUUGUACACCCUAUAAAAGACUAAAAAAAAAGCUCAAUGUGCUAAACCUUUGAACUUGAGAAAUAAAUCUUCAAGACGCUGUCAGUCCAGUUCAGCGUCAGUUAGACAGUGAGACAAAAUAUGAAAAUUAAAAGCUAACUCUGUUGCAAAACUAAUGUCGAAACUAAUUACUCAUGGACCAUCCAAAGGUGUCCACAGAGAUAAGAUGAAGAUUGCAAAGGGUCACCCAAAGAAAUUAAGAAAUCUGUCUCGGUUUUUAUUAGUUAUUUCAUCAUAAUGAUAUGGCUUUAAAACUCUGCUGCUGCCACACAAGUUGUUUAAGGUUAUAGUGUCCCUUUGCAACUUUAGAGAUGAGUCAGUCCCAUAUAUUCAUUUUGAUGAUUGUCAUCCCAUUAAGUUUCUCUCAGUCAGCAACAGGGAAAGAAUGUGUGUGCGAUCUAAAAAAUUUAGAUCCUCCUUUUCCUAAAGAUGAACUUACAAAAGUAGAGACUGCUGUCUUGAAAUGCAUUGGGAGCAUCACUUCAGAAAAGAUGACAGACUUAGACAGACUUGUGUUGGGUCUACAACAACGUAUCAAGCAACUAGAGGACGAUGUGGUCAUGCUGGAAAAAGCAAACAGCAAUCUGUAUGCGGCCGUGUCUCUGCGCAUCAUUGAGUUAGAGUUUGGCGAAAUUCAAGACCUCCUCAACAAACUCAACAGGACCACCAGCGAUUACCAUCAUCAAGGUGUACAGGCUGCAGCUCAGCUUGAUGAUAUGAAGGGUGCAAUGGUGGAGUUGGAGAAGUUUGACAAAAUGCAAGUGAUUAAAAAGUAUCGAGAGAACCAAAUGAAGAAGACGUUGGAACAGUGCAAAGAUGAGCUCAAGGCUUCAUCACCACCUCCUACAGCUUCCCCAGGACGCUGUGGUCUGGGUCAAAUGGUCAAUGUGGCAGGACCUAGAACAUCUUCCAUCACACCAUACAGCACCUCCUAUGCUUAUGGUGCUUGGGGUCGAGAUAUGAAGCCCGCUCCAGGAGACGAGAACAAGUACUGGCUGGUGGUGCUGACAAGUAGUAACGUAUAUGGCUACUAUGUCCGCCAGUACAGCACCUUGAGUACUCUUUUAUUAGGUUUAGGACUAAAAGAUACAUACAUAUCAAACUCUAAUCCCACAACAAACACAAUUCAGGGGCCAAACAUGGUCAUGUACAGCAAUGCGCUCUACUAUAACUGUUACAACACAUACUCUGUCUGUCGGUUCAACAUGACGACUCGUGCUAUCAGUACUGUGGCUUUACCUAGUGAUACAGGUUACAACAACAAGUUUCCAUUUGGACACCUCGCCACAUCAUACAGCUAUACUGAUAUGGAUUUUGCCACAGAUGAAUCUGGGGUCUAUGUCAUAUAUGGAACUACAAGCAACUUUGGAAAUGUGGUUAUCAGUAAAAUCGAGACGAGUAACCCCCCAGUUUUGGGCCAAACUUGGAAAACCUCUUUGUACAAAAUAACUGCCACAAACACUUUCAUGGUGUGCGGUGUGCUUUAUGCUACUCGUUACCUGGAUAAAGAAACAGAACAGAUCUUUUACUCCUAUGACACCAAAACAAACAAAGAGCGCUAUGAUUUGAAAAUUAAAUUUAAGAAGAUGCAGACUAAUAUUGAGUUUCUUAACUAUGACCCCAGAGAUCAUUUGCUGUAUGUCUACAGUGACGCCUAUAUUCUAACUUAUGAGCUCAUCUUUCAGUAGAUCUCUAAGUCAGUAUACUAAAAGGUUUUGAGAUUUAGCAACAUGCAAAAGCUUACAUGCAAAAACAAACAAGGGGACUGUGUUAUCAGAACAAUUGUAUAAUAUAAUGUCCAAUUACUAUUUACAGUAAUUUCAAAAGUACUUUCCUAUCACCAGUGGGGUAUGUACAUUUACUGUAAAUAAAUAUGAUUUUACAUAUUUUAGAUGCCAGAACUGCUUGUUUUGUGGAGGAAAAGCAUGUGUUUUUAUGUACUGCUCAUUUUGGUUAAUGGAAUCAAAUCAGAAUGAAAUUAAAUGUUAGUGCUGGAAAACCUACAAACACAGAUGCAAACACAUUAUGGCUGAUUUAAACAUUCAUAUGCAGAUUUCAAAUAUGAAAUGCACACACAAACAUGCGGGUUAUGUAAUAUUCCAA